AAUUAAACCAACAGAGGGCCAAAUAGCCGUACAAUUCUUAAAUACUUGUAUCAUUAAACGAUUGACAUGAAUAAUAAAUCCUGGCCGUGGGCUCAGGGAGCUGCAAACGAUAUGAAACUGACUGAAAUGUCAAACUCUCUGCAUACGCCGAGAACACACGCGGAAGCAUUCGAUAAAAGUGUUGAUGAGCUCGAUUAUAACAAACGAAUGAGGGCGACUGAGACGAGUGAGUCCCCGUUGACCAGUUCUCGUUUUGCAUUUCCAAGCAUGAACCCAAAUUUAUCAGCUAGUGGCUAUGGAGAAAUUCCGCCGAAUAUGUUGGCUUUUGGAAGCUUUCUUGAACAACAGAAGCAGCUUUGGAAUCAUAUUCGGGAAUGGCAAGACCAAUAUCGAAUGAAUUCCUCCAUUGAUGCAAACCAAUCUCAAACCGCAACUCUGUCAAGCCCGGUGAAGCUUCCUAGCAACGGAAACUUUCCGAGUGAUCAAUCUAAUUUACCAUCAAGUGUUGAAAAAAGCAGUGCUACUGUGCACAGAAACGUAAUUCCUGUUGCUCGGACAGCGCCUGCAUCUGCUUCCGUUACUCGUGUUGAGACAACGAAGCCCAACUCGUUUGUUGCUCAGUUGGAGCAGAAACUUAUGGUCUUAAAGGAGGAGAAGAGAAAACAGCAAGAGCAAACCGAAGAACGUGUCAAACAGUUUCAACGCGAGAUGAAAUCAUUACGUUUAGCUCAUCAAGAUUCUAUUACGGAAAAGGAGUCUGCGCAAACACGGCUUAAAGAGAUGGAAAUAUAUUUGUCUAAGGAAAAGCAGAAUGUCGCUUUUCAGGAAAAAGGCAAACUUCACUUACUAGCACAAAGUGAACAAAUGUGUGCCUCCUUUAAGCAGUUGUGUUUCAACGAACGAAAAAUUGAUGGUAUGCAUCCAUUAAUUGCCUUAAGUGCAGAAAAUGUACUAGCAAAACGCUAUGAACUUGCCCAGUUAAACUAUGAUUUCCGUCGAAAGGACAGCGAUUUGUUUAAAUCUUACCUAUCUCUAAAAUCGAGACUUUUCGACAGUCAACGGAAGUCUCAAUCAUCUUUGAAAGCUGAAAACAACAAUGAUGAGAAUGUGUUGCCUACUACGACAACAUUGCUUCCAGCAACUCUUCAACCAAAGGAAUUAAACCUUAUUGUUGUUCAACUCAAAACUCAGGCUGAGAAACUUUUGGCCAAAAACGGCCAGUUAAAACAUCUUCAGGAAGCUGCUCAUGGCUUAGUGGAGAAAUUGGUAAAAGAGAACAAUUCACUAACGAAGGAUUGUGGUGAAAUGUGUGAGCUUGUUGGAGAGAAGAAGCUGUUACUGAUCAAACUUGUUUCUGAAAGGGUUACCUUAGAAGAACAGCUCUCAAACAAGGAGAAGAUUUUGAUGGAUAAAGAGAAAAAACUGCAAAAACUCCGUCAAGACAGAGAAGCCGCCGAUGCUUUUGCGAACAGAGAUGGAGACAGUGCCAGUUCGCAAAAGUUUGCGCUUCCUGAUGCAUCAGCAUGUUCUACUUCGAGAAUUGAGCCUCUUGUGCUUCGUUACUUAGCAAAUGUUUCAUCUUUUCGGAAAGAUUCGAGAACAUGGGCAAUUGUGGAAGAGCGCUAUAAGAAAUUGAGGAACAUGCCUUUAGAAAACUGGGACAAAAAGGCACCUUUGUCUGGUCGAUACCUGUGCGUCACACCCUGCAAGGAAACGAAACCAAAGACGGUGUCUCUGCGCUACCUCCAUGUAACCAUCCGUGAAACCAAUCGCGUUAUUUGGAUAUCAGAAGUUUGGUGCGAUGGCUCCGUAAGGGGAAUUGGUCAUCAUAUUCGCAAAGGUACCGCCAUGCAAAUCGCUGCUGUUCAAGCUGCUAGUUAUUAUAAGGAAAUGGACGAAGCAUCUAUCAUGUCUCAAGGUUUCAUGGAUUCCGUAGUGCUACCUGAAUUGUUUCUCGGCAAGCCAGGAAUGAGUUCAACGAGCAACCAUCAUUAUAACGGGAGUCAAAAGAACAGAUCCUAUAACCAGCCGGCAAACAGCCAUCGCUACCGCCCGCGAGAGGGCAAAUCCUCCUCCCCGUACUCUGGUUUCUCAAGACGCUAGCCAGUCUAUUAAGGGGAAACGUGCAACAGUAUAUCUUUACAUAUAUAUUUAGUGGGUCUACUAGGAUUUGACAAACAUUUCGUGGCAAACAGAAAGUCCUUUAAUAGGUGUUAUUUUUAUUAUGUAUGCUACAUGAACAGCCCGUUGUUUAGUAUACAAAAGUAAGUAAAGUAAUGAUGAAAGCAACUGAAGACAUUGAUGGAAUAAAAUUAGUCAUAAGCAGGAGAAACAAACGAAAACGUGAGGGAAAGCAGAACAUGAUUUUAUGCAAGAACAAGCACAAAAUAAAUCGUUAGGUGAUACCGUAAGUUCAUGAAAUAAAAUAGCGAUAAACAUGAAGGGCAAGAAAACUAGGAAAUGAUACAGUUCUUCUUUAGCUUAUCGCCGGAAGCUGUGGAAGCUCCUGGUCUUCUUUGCAUAAAAGCGCCAGCACUUGCAUCUUGAGGAGCACCCUUUGAUUGUCUUCGAAGGACGAUUUCGGCAGCACAGAAUAGAAGGCGCGCAGCGCCAGCAUUUCCGAGUAACGUUUUAACAGGCGGGCGCUUUUCUAAAGGCACAUCCUUUAAGCUUUCACGAUCCUCGGCACAGGGUUCCAAUGUCUUGUUGGCAUGGAACAACUGGUUGAAGAUUCGAACACCUUGUUCAUUCAACUUGUAGAGACUUAAACUGCGGAAAUACAUGCCAUCCUUGGGAUCACGAAUAUAUUUCAUCACAAAACGAGCUUGGUCGAGCACCAUUUGCUGUGCUGGCUCGGCCAACGGGGAACCCGGCAUAGUGAACGAGAAAGCAACUAAACCCUCUGCAAGAAUCUGUGAGAAAAAGGUGUUGUCGGCCCAAUUCUUGAAGGGACCGUUACAUGCUUGUUCGUACAAGGCACCAUUUGUAUCCAAUGCAGCCUUCACCGCGUCCUCCAACAUACUAGGUAGUCGGUCAAUAUUCGGGAGCAUUUGAUUGUCGGUGGGGAAAUUGUUCAGUAACGACAUUGAAAGUAUGUAACCACCAG